AUCACUACCUGCCCCAAGACACUUGAGACUGGGAUGACGCUGGUGUCAAAGAUCAAGACUCCCACGCUGAGUUCAGGGAGUUAGUUUGAUGCAGCAGGUCAUAGGUCACACCAGUGAAAAGACUCUGAGUCCCAAACCCAGGAAGUCUUUUGGGAGGUUUGAAGCUUCUCUUAGCAAGAACUCCAUCAAUUAGAGUUCAAGGAGAUAGUAUGUCGUAAGGGUCAAAGGCAGGCAAGGAGAGCCUCUGGCGAUGUCAAAGGUCAUAGACUUAGGGUGCCCUCUAAGACUGGUAACAGAUGAACAGCUUCACUCAUGCACGCUCCUCUCCUGACUAGAAGGGUCCCAGCACCAUGGAGGACCCGAACUCUGAAGAGAACAUGAAGCAGCAGGAUUCACCCAAGGAGAGAAGUCUCCAGAGCCCAGGAGGCAACAUCUGCCACCUGGGGGCCCCGAAGUGCACCCGCUGCCUCAUCACCUUCGCAGAUUCCAAGUUCCAGGAGCGUCACAUGAAGCGGGAGCACCCAGCGGACUUCGUGGCCCAGAAGCUGCAGGGGGUCCUCUUCAUCUGCUUCACCUGCGCCCGCUCCUUCCCCUCCUCCAAAGCCUUAAUCACCCACCAGCGCAGCCACGGUCCAGCCGCCAAGCCCACCCCACUGGUUGCAACCACUACUGCCCGGCCCACCUUCCCUUGUCCUGACUGUGGCAAGACCUUUGGGCAGGCUGCGUCUCUGAGGCGGCACCGCCAGAUGCAUGAGGCCCGUGCCCCUCCUGGCACCUUCGCCUGUACAGAGUGCGGUCAGGACUUUGCUCAGGAAGCAGGGCUGCAUCAACACUACAUUCGGCAUGCCCGAGGGGAGCUCUGAGUGCAGCUUAAGCGUCUCCGUGGUGACAAGUGGCUCUGUGGCCAGUAGGACUCACCCAUGAUACGGGGUGCAGGAAUUCCGGGGGCCCUGAGGGAUUUGCUUCCCUCCCCUGGGAAGGCAGAGGGCUCCUAAUAAAGAGGACCCAGAAGAUUCUCAUUUAGAGCUUCAGUCUUUGGAGGACACAAGGCCUUCGUGAGACAGUGAAAUCAGACAAUAACGAGAUCUUUCGUUAAAAAAAAAAAAAGGGAAUGGAGUGCGGGAGAGAAAUGGUUUGUGUCUCCCUUAUUCCCAGUUAAACACCUAGCUGCAGACUGUGUCAUCACCCUUCAUUCUUCCCAGAUGGAUGCCAUGGGCAAUGGAAGCAAAAUGCCCUGGACCUUUGCCUGAAUGGGGGCAGGGAAGGUGAGGUGUUGCUGGCCUGUAAUGCCACCGGAUGAGUUCCAGAUGUGGAGCAACUUGGGCUUUUGGGGAUGGGGCAGCACAGUUGGGAGCUGGACCCCAAUUGAGUGGGGGUGGCAAUUGGAGUCCUUGUGUCUCUUUCCCACCCCCUGCCAACCUCACUCAGAGGGGCCAUGGCACUAGAUGGCACUAGUCCCCCGAUAAUUUAUGUCUCAUUUAAAUAAUUUUGUAUAUCAUUCUGGUCAUGAAAUAUUUUUUCAUAUGUGUAGGUGAAAUGGUAUGAAUAAGCUAACAGGAAUAGUAUCUAAAAACAGAAAACAUCCAUAUUAAAAUGUCUAAACAGGGA